UACCAAGCAACGCGCUGUAGCUGCAGAGCCGCGUCCUGUUGCCUAGGAGACGGAACAUGGUUGCCAGCGAGACAGACGAGCCGUAACUACGAAAAUCCGGACUUCCUUUAUAUCACCUGGCGGUAGAGGUUGUGACGUGGAGAGACGCUUAGUAAUGUGCCGCGGUAUAACUCACUAACAGGCUUGGAUCUAAGCUGCAGGCCGAAGUCCCCACAGAAGCGUUAGUCACCUCACAUUCUGAAGUACGAUGCUUGGACCAGUGAACAUGAGACCUUUGGACUCCGCUCCAUUUGGCGGACAGAGCCGGAACCCUUCAAUCAAACUAAGACGCGUCCCCUCUGAGGCCCAGCCCCGCUGUGUCCCCCCCAGGAAGGUGAAGGAGAAGGACAGCGUCUUGGGCUUUGAGCUUUGCCGCUGUCUGCAUUGGAAGAAUUGGGAACUAGGAAAAGAGAGCACCAAGAAUCUUACCCUGAAAAAUGUCCGACUGAGAACACAGAAGAUAAAAUUCAGUCCUCCAGUCACCCCCUUCUUCAAGACUCUGUUUCCGCAGACCGUCACACUGAGCGCAGGAACCUCCUUUACUCUGCCGAUCACAUUCCGUCCCCUGGAGAAGCGGGAUUAUGAAGAUGCAAUCACAUUUGAGACAGACGAAGGCAAUUUUUCUGUGGCUCUACGGGCUACCCUCCUCCGCUAUGAGUUGCUAUUCCCCGAAGAGCUUAGUCUUCCCACCUGUGCUGUGUACAACACAUCAGAGGCCAUGUUUGUCCUGCGCAAUGUAAGUGACUUGCAGACUGAGUUCCGCUGGGAUGUGCCCGAGGCGUUCCUGCUGAUACCGGCCAGAGGGGUUCUUGAUCCCAAGUGUGAGAUUCGGACCAGAGUCAUAUUCCAACCUCAGACUGCCCUUGUGUAUAACACAACUGCAACGUGUCACUUUGGUGAACAGGAGGAAUAUAAGAGGUUAAUCCAGUUUACUGCAAUAGCCAAGUAUCCACAUCUCCUAGUGACAGUGCCGGGGGAGUCGGGGGAAAAGGAGGAAGCAGGGCCACUGCUGGAUUUUGGAUCUGUUGGAGUCAGCAUGGUAUCAGAGAAAACCAUUGAAAUACACAACCUGUCUAUGGUAGAUUCUCCAUUCCGGAUUGAACGAGACAAACGCUUCUCCCAAGUGGACUGUAACUUUUCCUGUGAAGAUUCCCAAGGGGUGGUCCCUGCUCACGGGAAGCGGCGGGUUCCCCUGCAGUUUCGUCCACGUAUCGUGGGUAUGGAGAGCGUGGACUAUUUUCAUGUUAUUCCAGCUGGAAACCUCACUAGGACGGUGCUGAAGGUCUCUGGAACAUGUAAAGGACCCUGCAUUUCUCUCCAGAUGUCUUUAGUGAAUUUUGGAUUGCUGCAAUUGGGGGAGAAGGGUCUGCGGACCCUAGAAGUUACCAACACCUCAGAUGUGCCCGGAUUCUACCAGUUUGACAUUGACAGUACUGAAAGCGUCUUCUCCUUCAAUCUUCCUUAUGGGACACUAAAUGCCAAGGAGACUCGGAGUAUUCAGAUCACCCUCUCUCCAAAGCACCCGAUCCCGCACUAUCGGAGGGUCGCCUGCCUCCUCCAUCACCAGGAUCCUCUGUUUGUGGACUUGCUCGGCACUUGUCACUCGGAUAUGGAUAAACCUUCCAUCCUGCUUCCAAAACAUCUUUCCAUCUACAGAACUAAUAUGGCGCGAGGUCUAUCUGUCUACUCUCCUGAUAUCCUGGACGCCAUGCUGGAUAGCGGAAAGCUUAGCACAGAUUCCUCUGGAGCGCUCACUCUGCCUGAACAGGAUACAGAUAACCCAUCACCGGAGAAGUGUGUCCUCAAUGACGCCGUGUCUGAAUUCUUCAAUGAUGAGUUUAACCCCGAGGCUCCCGAGCCGAUAUCCCACAUCACAGCCAGCACCAGAGACUUCAACUUUGGCUUCUGCCAGUGCAGCUGUGAAGCCCCUCUGCCUCUUUCCCUGACCAAUCGCACAAAGGGAAAGGUGACUGUCAUCUGGACCUGCAAGCCAGACAGCCCUUUCCGGGUCACCCCCGAGUGCACCGACAUCCCACCGCUCAAGUCCACGGCUUUCAGAGUCAUCUUCCAUCCAUCACAAAUAGAUACGUUGUAUGCUGCAGAACUGGAGGGCUUUGUCUUUUACAAGGUUUUGCGCGAUUACCGUAACGUGAAGGACAUCACUAUUUGUCCACCCUGGUGCAUUACUCUCCGAGCGAGGGGGCACACUUUUACAAUGGGCCAAGAACAUUUUGUACCCAGGUGUAUUCUGGAUUCUCCACGAAUGAUUUUUCCCCCAGCUAGACAAGAUGGCCACACUCAUCGCAGUUUACUGCUGCAGAAUACAGGACCUACCAUUCUGACCUUUGUGAUAGAUGAGAACAGCUGCCCUGGUGUCCAGGUGAAGCCAAACUCUGGUCAUGUGGACCCUGGAUCCCAUCAGGUUUUACUAGCGAGGACCAGUCCUAGUGACAGCGGACUAACAAAGCACACUGUGCCGCUGCAGCUGAACUACAGUCCCGACUAUACUCAGGAGAUCGUCUUAUUCUCUCGAGCUGAAACUCCACAACUGUCUCUCGAGAAUGAAGGGAAACUUUACUUUAAACCCACCUGUAUGGGGAACCAGUCAGAGUUCUCCUACUCUAUAAGGAACGUCUCCAGGAUCCCUGUGCACUUCGAGUGGAGGAUCCAGAAAGAACAUGUGCAAUGUCUAUCAGUUAGUCCAAGAUCGGGAAUUAUCAGACCAAAUGAAAUCUUGGCACAGAAGUGGUCAUUUGUGCCACAAGAAGAAAGAAAUUACUUUGUUAAAGCCACCGUACUAUCACGGAUGGUCGAUGAAAGCCCCGAGCACAGCCAAAAAAAACACUACGUCCUGCGGAUCAAUGGCCAAGGCUGCAGAGGCUGGUUGUCAACAGAACAGGAGUCGGUGGACCUGGGGAAUGUUUUGGUCGGGAGUUUUCAGUCCUGUGAUCUGCUUCUAUCCAAUGAUGGUGACUGCACCCUGGAGUAUACCCUCAGUGCUAAACAGGAGGUCUCUGGGCCAUGUGACCCUGAUGAUGUCAUCAACGACCCUGUGGCUCUGGAGUUUGAGCAUGAGAAGGGCCGACUGCCCGCACGUACCAAGCUGAGGAUCAGAGUCAUGGCCCGUCCUGCCCGCCGGGUCUCCUACACCUGGACUAUCAACUACCGCAUCCUCUCACCACAAGCAAAAAAUCCAGCAGAUGGCGUCAGUGAGGAGCGGUUUCUGUGCACUGUGACGGCACAGGGUGUAUACCCGGUCUUCUCCGUGGUGGAUGCGUGUCCUGGGGGAAGCGCUAGUGCCUUCAGCAAGACCCAGAUCUGGAAGCUCUUUUCUCUAGAAAGACUUAAUUCUGUUCUGCAAAGUGACCCCACACCAGGGGAGCUUAUAUACCGGGUGCCCACACGACACAGCAUCCGCAGAUGUCCCUCUGUAAACACUCCGGUCCUCCUGGAUUUCAACUUUGGGGCUGCGCCAGUAGGGUCAGAGCCAUUUACCACUCUGCUUCUAUUGGAGAAUAAAGGGGUAUUGCCCGUUAACUGGGAUUUUCUCUUCCCAGUGGAUCAGCAGAUAGAACUGGAGUUCUGGGCAGAGACCUGGGAGUUUGACCAAAGCGAGAUUCACCAGAUGAGAAUUCAGGACAAUAAGCUGUUCACCAUUAACCCCAAAUCUGGAAAUCUAAAACCAGGCAGGCAGCAAACAAUACAGCUAACCUACAGACAUGAUUUUGUAGGAACUGACCGCCUGCCUGUCCUGCUUAAAGUAUCACAUGGCCGGGAGAUAUUGCUAAAUUUUAUCGGGGUCACAGUAGAGAAGGAGCAGCGCUACGUACAUUUCACCUCAACAAAACAUUGCUUCACCCCGGUGUCUAUUGGCAGCUCCAGUCCUUCAAAACAGAUCUAUGAGCUGUUCAAUGGGGGCUCUGUAGCUGUCAUCUAUGAGAUCCAGCUGGAACCAUUGAGAGAAGUCCAAGAACAAAACUACCACCACCCUGUAUUCCAGUGUCUGAACCCCAGAGGGGAAAUACUACCAGGGGCAACUGCAUUCGUGGAAUGGAUCUUCUCACCAUUGGAGGCAAAAACUUACUCAGUGACUGUUCCUAUUCACAUCCUUGGGGGAGACUCUGCCCUGAUCACCUUUGAAGGGAUCGGUUACGAUCGAAGUGUUCUGGGGGGGACAGCGGUGUUUGAGGCAUUUUCUCCAUUAUCCACUGUGCCACAGCUCACCCUGCCCGGACAGAUUCCUCACUUCACCCAGCAGAAAUUGGCAUUUGGGGAUAUUCCUGUUUUUAGCAAGUCCAGUCGGAUGCUGUUCCUGAACAACACUUCGGAAUCUGAGGCCAUCUUUUUCACUUGGUUUGCAGCGUCACCCAACGCCAGCGAGAUUCUUCAGGUGUCCCCUCUGUCUGGUGUGGUCAGACCCGGUGAGAGCCUCAGCAUCGUGGUCUCUCUUCAGUCUGGGGAGCAGGCCUCCUUCUAUAACCUGGAGCUGGUGUGUGAGAUAGUAAUGGAGAAAGCUGUGACCGAGUAUAAGAGAGGUCUCCAAGAAUGGGAAGAAGAAAGGGAACGGCAGUCAUUGGAAUUCACAAUCACUGAACCAGCCGCCGAAAAGAGAAACCAGACAGCAGCGCGUUCACCAGACUCCAGAAGUGCCCGGAUCACUCAUGCUAAGCAACAACUGACAGACAUAAGGAGAUACAAGACCCUACCACCUAUCAAGAAUACAGAUUACCCCCGACUGCCAGUCAGCCGAGACCGAGAAACCCGCAGGGCAAUGAAAGAGACUCUGGAGGUCUGUCUGAGACCCCAACCACCCGUUCCUUUACAGCUUCACUUGUCAGUGACCGGGCGAUCCCAUCACACUCCAGAUUUCCUCAGCCAGUUUCAGAAUGAUUUUCCGCGCCACUUCCAGCAGCGUCCAUACAAAAAAAAGAUGGAAAAACCGGCUCCAGUGACGCUUCAACCUGAGACAGGAGAGCCGGACCGAUACGGAGAGAAGCCGGGUUUGGCACAACAGGAAAUGGCGCGAGAUGUCAUGACUUCUAUCAUCAGAAAUCUCUUGGAUGAUAAGCAGUUCCAUGAGGCGCUGAAUCAGAUACAGAAUGAGCCUCUGCCCUACUUCACCCAGCUACGCGGCACAGAGCCUGGCCCAGAUAUACCGGGCACCUCUGUCGCUGCAGCAGAACAGGGGGCGAUACCGCUGUCAGGAACCCCAACAGAAGAGGAAGAGACGUCAUUAAGCUCUCUGAUGGUACCAGAAGACGUGGCGCAGGACCAGGGCAAGACCAAACGUUUACUUGUGCCACAAGAUGAAGAGAAGGAGAUGAUUAAAAGGACUCCAUUGUUCAGCCAACUUGUAGAGGCCAUAUUGGAAAACACAAUACAGAACAUUGUGACGGAAGCCAACCGCGGAGAAGUCGUUCUCACCACCCGGCCUCGUGUCAUUGCUCUGCCACCUGCAACUCCCAGGGGGAUGACUCCGACCUCGUCAGCCCGCACCGUCUCCGGGUCACACGAUGUACCAGCCGCAGAAGCUCCGGAACCUGUUCUCCCUGCGGUCAUCCAGGAGCACACAGUGUAAAAUAACACGUCUCCAUGAAUCAUUGCCCAGUAACAGCACUUUACUUAUUGCAGGAAGAUUUAAAGGGGAACUCCACUUCUGUCA